AUGGCUGUGGACAAACCUCAGUCAGAUACAGCAAAGACAGGAUUCACCUUCAUCAUUGUACAGGUAAUACAAGUACACCCUGACUGUGAUGGCUGUGGACAAACCUCAGUCAGAUACAGCAAAGACAGGACUCACCUUCAUCACUGUAUAGGUAAAUACAAGUACACCCUGACUGUGACGGCUGUGGACAAACCUCAGUCAGAUACAGCAAAGACAGGACUCACCUUCAUUACUGUACAGGUGUUACCAGAGAACGAGUUUCCUCCUGUCUGGUCCUCACCAACCCCAGACAGUAAGGACGAGUUUUUACCUUUUGUUUAUCGUCAUGUUACAGGUGUUACCAGAGAACAAGUUUCCUCCUGUGUGGUCCUCACCAACCCCAAACAGUGUUACCAGAGAACGAGUUUUCUCCUGUGUGGUCCUCACCAACCCCAGACAGUAACAACGUGUUUUUACGUUUUGUUUCUCGUCCUGUUACAGGUGUUACCAGAGAACGAGUUUUCUCCUGUGUGGUCCUCACCAACCCCGGACAGUAAUGACGAGUUUUCACCUUUGACCAUCAGCGAGCUCACUCCACCUGGAAGUAACGUCACACAGUUCACAGCCACUGACGACGAUCACGGAAAACACGGAUAUGUUUCUUACAAAAUACUCUCACAAGUUUCAGCUACAGGAAGUUCCACAAACAUGUUUACAAUUGAUGAGCAAUCUGGAAUUCUUCGUGUUGCCGCAACGCUUGAUGCAGAUUCUGCAACUGGAGGAGUAGGCUACUACAACGUCUCCAUCGUGGCCUUUGAUGAUGGAACAACACCACUAAGUACAACAGGAGCAAUAACCAUACGACUUGAAAACGUCAACGACAACUCGCCCGUGCUGACAAAUCACCAGGACACACUGGAUGUGGCUGAGGACACUGUUGUGGGGACUGUCAUCCACACAGUUACAGCCACGGACCAUGAUGGAGACAACAUUUCACUGUCUGUGGUUGGUGGAGAUCUUGAUUACUUCACUGGGAACGGAGAUCAGAUAAAGACUCUGAAGACCUUGGACUACGAGACUCGUCAAUGCUACACUAUUGUCAUCAGCAUGACUGAUGGAUCAUUCACAGAGAAUGUGACUCUCUCAAUAGCGGUAACUGACGUCAAUGAUGAAUCGCCUGUUUUACACGUCUACGACCCUCUAACAGUUCCAGAAGAACUGCCAGUUGGAAGUGUCACUGGAACGUCAUUUUAUGCUACAGACGCCGAUAAGGAUGAUGUGCUAGUGUACACACUGAGUGGUCAGGACAUGAGUUACAUUGACUUGAACAGCACGACUGGUUUGCUGUCAGUGAAGAAGCGGAUUGACUACGAGGGAAGCAGUGCCUUGUCAUCACUGAAGGUCACGGUCACUGUGAGAGAUCAAGGAGGACUGACUGACAGUGCAGAUCUGAUCUUCACAGUCCUCGAUGUGAACGAUAACUUCCCCACAUUUACACAGUCCGUGUACACAGUCAACAUAACAGAGGAGACAGCAAUUUCAGGAGAGUUGCUAAAAUUGGACUGCUCUGAUGCUGACUCUGGAAACAAUGGUCAGUUUUCCCUCUCUGUGACAAGUGGUGAUCCUGGUAAUAUAUUCUCAACAAGUGGAAAUGACCUCUUUGCCAAUGGUACACAAAUAGACUAUGAGGCUCUGGUGGAUCAGGAUUACAGAUUCACUCUUACAGUUGAGGCUGUUGAUACUCCAGACGCAGGUUCUGCAAGAACCGGCGUAACACUGGUGAUAGUACAAGUAGUACCACGAAAUGAAUUCCCCCCUGCAUGGUCCUCGCCUAUCACAGACAGUAACAGCGAGUUUCCCCCUCUAAACGUUAGUGAAGAUUCUUUGCCUGGGAGCAUGGUAACAGAGUUCACAGCGACUGACGACGACCAUGGAAUACACGGAACAGUCAGUUAUAAAAUAAUCUCACAAGUGUCAGACACAGGAAGUUCUGCCAACAUGUUUAGAAUUGAUGAGCAAUCCGGAGUUCUUCGUGUUGCCGCAACGCUUGAUGCAGAUUCUGCAACUGGAGGAGUAGACUACUACAACUUGACCAUUGUGGCCUUUGAUGAUGGAACAACUCCACUAAGUACUACAGGGGCAAUAACCAUACGUCUUGAAAACGUCAACGACAACGCCCCCGUGCUGACAAAUCACCAGGACACACUGGAUGUGGCUGAGGACACUGUUGUGGGAACUAUUAUACACACAGUGACAGCCACUGACCAUGAUGGAGACAACAUUACACUGUCUGUGGUUGGUGGAGAUCUCGAUUACUUCACUGGGGACGGAGAUCAGAUAAAGACUCUGAAGACUUUGGACUACGAGACUCGCCAGUGCUACACAGUUGUCAUCAGCAUAAGUGAUGGGACAUUCUCAGAAAAUUUAACCAUCUCAAUAUCAGUAACCAACGUCAAUGAUGAAAGACCGGUUUUACACGUUUACGACCCUCUAGCAAUCCCAGAAGAACUGCCAGUUGGAACCGUUACUGGGAUAGCUUUCUAUGCUACAGACGCCGAUAACAAUGACACUCUAGUGUACACACUGAAUGGUCAGGACAUAAAUUACUUUGACCUCAACAUGACGACUGGUUUGCUGUCAGUAAAACAGCGGAUUGACCACGAGGGAAGCAGUGCGGUGUCAUCACUGAAGGUCACGAUCACUGUGAGAGAUCAAGGAGGACUGACUGACAGUGCAGAUCUGAUCUUCACAGUCCUCGAUGUGAACGAUAACUUCCCCACAUUUUCACAGUCCGUGUACACUGUCAACAUAACAGAGGAGACGGCAAUUUCAGGAAAGUUGCUACAACUGGACUGUUCUGAUGCUGACUCUGGAAACAAUGGGAAGUUUACUUUAUCAGUGACAAGUGGCGAUCCUAGUAAUAUAUUCACGACGAGUGGAAAUGAUCUCUUUGCCGAUGGGACACAAAUAGACUACGAGGCUCUGGUGGACCAGGAUUACAGAUUCACUCUUACAGUUGAGGCUGUUGAUAAUCCAGACACAGGUCCUGCAAGAUCUGGUGUAACACUGGUGAUAGUACAAGUUGUUCCCCUGAAUGAAUUUGCCCCUGAAUGGACACAGCCUUCAUUUGAUACAUCCAGCGAAACGUUUGCAACUCAGACGAUUAACGAAGACAUUGCAGUUGGUAUAAACAUCACUACGUUGGAGGCAGAAGACAAAGAUUUGGGUGAAGAUGGAGUUGUAGUCUACAACAUUAUGUCGACUGUGGACAAUGAUGGCAAGAGUGCAAAAGACGUAUUUGUAAUGGACGCAACGUCUGGGACUUUACGCGUGUCUUCUGUUCUGGACAGUGAUGUUGAAACUGGCGGAGUCCAGUAUUAUAACAUCACAGUGGUCGCGACAGAUUCAGGGUCUAGUGAGAAGAGUGUGACUGGAACAUUCCAGAUUACCAUAGAAAACACAAACGACAAUGCCCCCUUCCUUGAAGACUUCGAACCCACAGUAGCUGUUUCAGAAGAUACAUCUAUGGGGAGUGUUGUCCAUACAUUAACAGCAGUGGACUACGACGGAGACACCGUGACUGUUACUGUAGUUGGAGGAGACACAGCGUAUUUCACGACCAGUGGAAACAACAUCAGACUAGACAAACAGUUAGAUUAUGAGAAGCAACAGUGUCACACAGUAAUCAUCAGUCUGAGUGAUGGAAAAUACACGCAGAAUUGGACACUCACUGUGGUUGUCACCAACAUCAACGAGAAUCCCUCCAUCCAUGUGCGCACCCCUCUCGCAAUAGCAGAGGAGUUGCCAAUAGGAACAGUUGUAGGUGGCGCUUUUUAUGCCAACGAUGAGGAUGCAGAGGACAGUCACACAUACACUCUCUCAGGUCAGGACAUAAGUUAUUUUGAACUGAACACCACGACUGGUAUGCUGUCAGUGAAGAAGCGGAUUGACCACGAGGGGAGCAGUGCGGUGUCAUCACUGAAGGUCACGGUCACUGUGAGAGAUCAAGGAGGACUGACUGACAGUGCAGAUCUGAUCUUCACAGUCCUCGAUGUGAACGAUAACUUCCCCACAUUUUCACAAUCCGUGUAUACAGUCAACGUUACAGAGCAGACUGUAGUCACAGGAAAACUUUUACAACUAGACUGCUCUGAUGCCGACUCUGGAAACAAUGGUCAGUUUUCCCUAUCUGUGACAAGUGGUGAUCCUAGUAAUAUAUUCUCAACAAGUGGAAAUGACCUCUUUGCCAAUGGUACACAGACAGAUUACGAGGCUCUGGUGGAUCAGGAUUACAGAUUCACUCUUACAGUUGAGGCUGUUGAUACUCCAGACACAGGUCCUGCAAGAACCGGCGUAACACUGGUGAUAGUACAAGUUGUAUCACUGAACGAGUUCGCCCCUGUCUGGACUAGUCCGUCAUUCGACACAUCCAGUGGAAGGUUUCCAGAUCAAAGUAUUAGAGAAGACUUGACACCCGGCUCAAACAUCACAACACUGACAGCCAAUGAUGAUGACCAUGGAGCAGACGGAGAUGUUAAAUAUCAGAUUUUGUCUACAACAGACAGUACAGGAAAGAACACUGAUGACGCAUUCAUGAUAGGGUUAUAUACAGGAACACUUCGUCUUGCUACCCCGCUAGAUAGCGACACUGCGACAGGUGGUGUGGACAACUUCACAGUGGUUGUGGUCGCCGUGGACAGUGGCCAUCAACAACGUAGUGUGACUGGGUCUAUCAUCAUACACCUAGAAGACGUCAAUGAUAACGCUCCGACGUUGAGAGGUUUCCAGUCCAAUAUUGACGUGUCUGAAGCAAAGGCUGUAGGAGAUGUUGUCGUCACCUUGACAAUGGUUGACGACGACGACGGCGACAGUGUGAUGGUGACUAUCGUGGACGGUGAUGAAGAGUUCUUUACAGUUGACAUCAAUCAGAUCAAACUUAAAAAUCAACUGGACUUUGAAUCUGCACAGUGCCAUUCCUUGGUGAUCAAUGUUAGUGAUGGAAAACACGAGGAUAAUGUCACGUUUACCUUUCACGUCAUUGACAUUAACGACAACUCACCGAUACUCACGGUUGACUCACCAGUACGUCUUUCCGAGGAGCAUUCUGUGGGAUCUGUGAUUUGUGGAGUGUUUUCUGUAACCGAUGCCGACGCCAACGACACGCUGACGUUUUCACUAUCUGGAAGUCAAGCAAACAACUUUGAUAUCAACAGUACUAGCGGCGUAUUAACAGUGAAUGACGUCAUCGACAGAGAUGGAGCCAGUGGCAUCUCGACCAUCAGCGAUGUCAUGCUUACAGUUACGGAUGCAGCAGGUCACAGUGUGAACAAGACACUGACGUUUGAGAUCGAGGACAUUAAUGAUAACCCUCCUGUCUUCUCUCAGUGGAUUUACGUCGUUAAUGCAACAGAAGGGAAAACAGUAGCAGAUCCUCUUUUGACGUUUGGCAUCACUGAUGCUGACUCUGGUAGUAAUGCAAAGGUAACAGUGUAUAUAUCUGACGGUGAUGAGGUUAACCCCAAGUUCAACAUUUCUGGACAACAGUUAUACGUGAAUAGCAACACGCUUGACUAUGAGGCUCUGAACAACCAGGAAUAUCACUACUUUCUCAGCAUCACCGCUAAAGACAAUCCACAAAAAGGAAAGCCAAGAAGUAACUUCGCAUUAGUCAUUGUAAAGAUUUUGCCACAAAAUGAAUUUGUUCCUGUUUGGAUGAGCCCGGUUCCUGAUACAGCUGGACUGUUUCCCAAUGUAACGAUACGAGAAAACGUUUCUGUUGGAUCUGUCAUAGCAACGUUUACCGCUACAGACGAGGAUCAUGGGGACGACGGCAUCGUUGAAUACAGCAUCAUGUCCGUCAUUUCAGAUUCAGGAAAGAAUGUCUCGACAAAAUUCCAGAUUGAUGAUAAUACAGGAAUUCUCCGGUCAGCUGAUGACCUCGAUAGAGACACACCCACUGGUGGCGUGAUGUUUUAUGACGUCACAAUAACAGCACGAGACCGAGGUGAGCCCAUUAAAGAGACACAAGGAACGAUACGAGUACAUCUUGAAAACGUCAACGACAACGAGCCUCAGUUCCUGGUGGGCGUGGCCAGCAUCAACGUGACAGAGAGCGCUGCCGUAGGACAGAUCAUCUACUCCAUUACAGCUACUGAUGAUGACGGGGAUUCCUUGGUCUACAGCGCGUCUGAUUCUGAUAGACUGAAGACUGAUGGAGCCGAUGUGAAGAUAGUAAAGCAGUUUGACUAUGAAACAGACAAAUUCAUGUUGUUCACACUGACCGCCCUUGACUCGGACCAUGAAGUGAACAUGACACUGUUUGUAACAGUUGAAGACGAGCCUGAUGAGACACCCAGACUAGAGGCAGGAGGCGUGAAGUGGAUAUCAGAGGAGAUGCCGGUGGGAACAGUCGUGUGUGGAUUGUUCUCUAUGACAGACGCAGAUGCCAGUGAUGAACAUGUUUACAAACUACAUGGCUCAGAUAAGAAAUAUUUCAAUAUAAACACAACAACGGGUGAGAUCACGAUGGCUGAGCGAAUCAACCGUGACGGAGCAACCGGUGUGACGUCACUCACAGAUCUCAAGUUAACAGUAACGGACUCUUCUGGACUGGAAGACAGUAUUUAUCUCAACAUCACCAUUCAAGAUGUCAACGACAAUCCCCCUGUCUUUUCAGAAGCCAUUUAUCAUGCAAAUGUAACAGAGAACAUGGCACCAAAUUCAUCAGUCUUAACCUUUUCACUGACUGACAUAGACGACGGACCAAACGGCCAGUUUAACCUAUCUAUAGACGGUGAUAGUGGACUGUUCAAGAUAGAUGGCUUAGAACUGCUGACGGGACCUCAUACUGUCGGAGAUGAAUCGCUAGCUGAAAACGACUACAAGGUUAUUCUGAAGGUCAUUGCUGUUGACAAACCAGAACGUGGUGAUGUAAAAACGGCCACAGCUAUUGUUAUUCUAGAGAUACUGUUAGUUAAUGAAGAAAGUCCAGUUUGGAAAAAUCCAACAGUUGACAGCAAUGGAAGCUUUCCUAAUCUUAGGAUUUCUGAGGAUAUAUCUCCAGGUUCCAACAUUUCAACGUUUAAAGCAACUGAUGAUGACAUGGGAGUUGAUGGAGUUGUUACAUAUUAUCUUAUGUCAGUCACUACGAACACUGGAUCUGCUGUUCAGGAUAUAUUUCUAAUCGACUUGGAAUCUGGAGUUUUAAGGACAAGAGCAAACCUUGAUCGAGAUGAUGCUACAGGGGGCGUGGAGUACUAUGACGUGGUUCUGGAAGCACGUGACAGCAAUGAGUUGCCGAGGACGUCUAAAGGAACUGUUCGGAUUCUACUGGAUAACGUGAAUGACAACCUGCCAGUGAUCGACUGUUUGUACGUGCUUCACAUUCUGAUGCCGACCAAGACACAGUGA